UUCAAAAUGAUCUCUCAAGGCAUUAAUGAAUAUUCUAAAAUUGGUUAUAAUACAUUUGACUCACAAAUUAUUGAUGUUAGCAAAGUUGAGAUGGUAUCAGGAAAAAUGAUGGAUCAAGGGCCUACUUUGGUUAUCACAUUUCAAGUUUUUAUGAUACACGUAUUAAAAAAUAAAGAAGGAAAAGUUAUUGAAGGAGAUCCGAAUAAUGCAAUACGGGUUCAUCACGUUUGGGUACUCUGUCGAGAUAUGGAAGAAUUUAAUCCAGCAACAGCUUGGAAAUUGUUAGAAUUGCAUGUCCAAAAAGGAAAUUUGGUGCUUUGAAAGGUUUUAAAAUUAUUUAGACG